AAAGCACUAACCAAACCAAAUUAAACCAAAGAGAAAAAAGUAAACUCCUCCAUUCAAAUACACAUUCCUAAAAUCAAAAAAUCUCUUCCAUUUUGAAUUUGAAUUGAAAAUUUUUAUACAUUUUCUCAGAACUAUUCAUUUUUUUUGUGUGUGGAGUUUCAAAAAUGGCGAUUUUCGAAGCUAAGAAGAAGCGUGGAACGCUUGGAUUCUGGUACUGCCUGUUUGUGAUUUUGAUUUCCACCGGGAAUUGGAAUUGCGGUUGCGCCGCGAGAUCUGAGAAGGAAAUCAGGGAGAGGUUCUACGGGAGCUUGUUGAACUCGUCCGCACCGGAUUCCGGCGAUGGUAGCAUAGCCAAAAUGUUCGAUCGGGUCCUCGAGAAGGAGUUCUCCGAGAAUGAUCAGCCUGAAGUAUCUGAUCGAAGCAGCUUCAACAACAGUGUAGCUGAUCAACAGGCUGUACUGGAGACUGUAGCUAAAAUCACUCAUGAGAAGACCAAGAAAAAUGAUACACAGGAGGCAAAUGGUACAAGAGCAUUCCAGCUCCAAGAUGUUUUUUCCCUAGAGAAUGAGGAUUCUGAUGAUGUGGAAACCUUGAUUGACAAAAAGGACAAUGUGUUUGUGAUGUCUAACAAGAAAUCCAAGUAUCCAGUACUACAAGUAGAUUUGAGAUUGAUCUCAGACUUGGUGGUUGUCAUAGUUACUGCUGCUAUUGGUGGAAUUAUCUUUUCCUGUUUGGGGCAACCAGUUAUUGUGGGAUAUCUACUUGCCGGUUCGGUUAUUGGACCAGGAGGCCUGAAAUUCAUUAGUGAAAUGGUACAGGUUGAAACUGUUGCACAGUUUGGUGUUGUCUUUCUUCUUUUUGCUUUAGGGCUGGAAUUCUCUUUGACAAAGUUAAAAGUUGUGGGACCUGUUGCUGUUCUUGGGGGGAUGCUUCAGAUCUUCAUAUUUAUGUUUUUGUGUGGCAUACUUGCCAUGUUAUUUGGAGCAAAUUUGUCUGAAGGUGUAUUUGUUGGUGCAUUCUUAUCGAUGUCGUCAACAGCAGUGGUGGUGAAGUUUCUGGUGGAACGGAAUAGUAGUAAUUCUCUUCACGGUCAAGUUACAAUCGGGACACUUAUUUUUCAGGACUGUGCUGUUGGUCUACUGUUUGCCUUGCUCCCAGUUUUGGGUGGUAACGGUGGCCUUUUGCAGGGAAUGAUUUCAAUGGGAAAAGUGCUGCUAGUGCUGUCGAUAUAUAUCUCUGCUGCAUCUGUAUUAUCUUGGUCAUUUGUUCCCCGCUUUCUAAAACUGAUGAUGCAGCUAUCAUCUCAAACAAAUGAACUUUAUCAGCUUGCUGCUGUGGCUUUCUGCCUAUUAUCUGCAUGGUGCAGCGAUAAGCUAGGCCUUAGUCUUGAGCUGGGUUCAUUUGUGGCUGGUGUUAUGAUAUCUACUACUGACUUUGCACAACAUACUUUGGACCAGGUGGAACCAAUUCGUAACUUCUUUGCAGCACUUUUCCUUUCAAGUAUUGGAAUGCUUAUACAUGGGCAUUUCCUAUGGAACCAUGUGGAUAUAUUGCUAGCAUCUGUUAUUUUGGUCAUAGUUGUUAAGACGGCUGUUGUUGCUAUUGUUACUAAGGCCUUUGGUUAUAGCAUUAGGACAUCAUUCAUUGUUGGGGUCUCACUUGCUCAAAUUGGAGAAUUUGCUUUUGUUCUCCUUAGUCGUGCCUCAAAUCUUCAUCUUAUUGAGGGGAAGAUGUAUCUUCUUCUUCUUGGAACAACAGCUCUUAGUCUGGUAACAACUCCUCUCCUGUUUAAACUGAUACCUGCUGUGAUUAACCUGGGCGUUCUCAUGCACUGGUUCCCCUCUGAGAGCGCCACACCGAUUGAGGAGAAAGCUUCCAUUAUUGAUGUGCAUAACAGAUCAUUGUGACCUUCACGUUAUUAUAGCCCUGGCCAUAUCAGAUGACACAUGAGGAUAUUCAUUCCAAUGCAACCCAGCUCAGAAUUCUCAUGUACAUAGGUAUACAUUUUUCAUAUGAUUAGAGUAAUUGUAUAUAGGAAUUCUUUUAGGACUCCACGUGUUCUUGCUAGUCUAUGACCUGACUGAUAUGUAUACUAUGAUACUACAAAGUUAGUUCAGAUAUAUUCUGAUGAGUUGCACCAGAAAUUAUUAUUUGAAUUGUAUAAGAUAGUGUAGAAAACAGAAAAAGAAACAGAGAUUCAGUAAUAUUUUUGAGCUUCUUAAUGAAAUAUAAAUUUGUCUUUAA